AUGGUAGAGAAGAAGUUGAAUGCUCAACUCGAUGAGCAUCUUCCUCCGCAUCCACCUGGUGAGCCUGCGCCUGCACCACCGCCACCACCUCCUCCACCACCGCCGCCAUCUGAACCACUAGUAUUAGCUCCCAAUCCCCAUACGGAACCUCACGAUGCGCCUCGUCAUCACCAUAAGCCGCAUCCUCAUACGGAACCUCACGAUGCGCCUCAUCAUCACCAUAAGCCGCAUCCUCAUACGGAACCUCACGAUGCGCCUCAUCAUCACCAUAAGCCGCAUCCACAGGCUGAAACUCACCUCGAGAAGCGCCGUUCCGGAAUUUCUUAUUCCCCCUACAAGGCGAACCGGAGCUGCAAGACCCAAGACGAAGUAAACAAGGAUCUAGAUCGAUUAUCAGACUAUGCAUUCGUACGCAUCUAUGGCACAGACUGCGGCCAAAUUAAAACCGUAGCAACAGCAGCCCGUCAACACAAAAUGCAAGUCUUCGCCGGUGUCUUCGAUCUAACAGACUUCCCCAACAGUCUCGACGCAUUCGAAGACGCCGCAACAACACCAAACGGCAAGAAAGACUGGUCCAUCUUCCACACCAUCACCGUCGGCAACGAACUCGUCAACGGCGGAGCCGAGGCUCCUGGCAAGGUCGCUGGCGCAGUCACGCAAGCUCGCACUAUCUUGCGAGGAAAGGGUUACAAAGGACCAGUCGUUACAGUCGACACUUUCUCCGUGCAUCUCAAACAUCCGGAAUUAUGCAAAGCAUCGGAUUACUGCGCUGCAAACUGCCACGCUUUCUUCGACGCUACGCAGCAACCGCACAAUACAGGACCAUAUGUUUUGGAACAAGCACACGCUGUCUCUGAUGUUGCAGGUGGAAAACGAACAAUGAUCACAGAGUCUGGCUGGCCACAUGCGGGCAAGUCGAAUGGUGCGGCUGUCCCUUCGCAGGAGAAUCAGCGCGUGGCGAUUGAGAGCUUGCGACGCAGUUUCGCACACAGGAAGGAUGAUCUUAUCUAUUUCACUGCGUUUGAUGACCUUUGGAAGGAUGAUAAUCGGUAUACCUUUAGUGCGGAGCGGUUUUGGGGCAUUUAUGAUAAGUAA